CGUAGUUUAGCGUAAUUGUCCUUCCAUGAAUCCUCUCCUUCUCCGACAAUGGGGAAGGGCAGCUUCCCCAUUCCCGCCAUAUUCAAGGCUUCGGACCUUCCGUUCUGAUGCUGCAUUGGAAGCCAUAGCCAGAGCUGCUCAAGAUAGAGUUCCCAAUCUUGUGCUUUACAAUUAUCCCUCCUUUUCUGGAGCUUUCUCUGCUCUCUUCGCACACUUAUUUCACACUCGCCUUCGUCUUCCUUCCCUCAUUCUCCCUUUCUCUUCUGUUGCUCCUCUCAGGGUUGAGGAUUUUUAUGUGGAUGGGCUUGAGCGGUGCUAUUUUCUUGACUUCUUGGGUCCCAAAGGGUUUGCUGCCGCCUUUUCACGUCGACCCACAUGUGAGGUCCUAUGUUUUGAUCAUCGUAAAUCAUCACUUCCACAUAUUACCCCCAUGGAAGAUUGUCCUAAGAAUCUGUCAAUUCGCGUAAAUCUUGAGAAGAGUAGCUCUACAGCUGUGUAUGAAUAUUUCUCCUCUAGACUUGUGGAUAUGGAAACUCCUUGUGGUCCUGUUGCAGACCUUUUAGAACUAAAAGAUAGAAGUCGAAUAGAAAUGGUUCUCAAGUACAUUGAGGAUGGGGAUCUUCGAAGGUGGAACUUACCUGAUAUCAGGGCAUUUAACAUUGGGCUCAGUGAGUGGCGAUCAAAAUUGAACUGUAUCACUAAUCCAUACAUGUAUGAACAGUUGCUGGAGAUGAAUUCUUUGGAAUUGAUUGCUAAGGGAACUGACUUCAUUGCUUCUCGUGAAAAUGCUGCAAAUAAAUUCCUAGACAAGUCUUUUAAAAUUCGUUUGGGGAGGGGACUUUAUGGUGAAUGUCUGGCAGUAAGAGCAGAUGGGAAUUCCAACUUGAGUGAUGAAAUUGGGAAGCAGCUGAGUAUGAGAAGUGUUGCAGCUGGAUUGAGGCCUAUAGGAGCUGUCAUAUACAUGCAACGAAACAAUCUUAAAAUGUGUUUGAGAACUACCGAUGGUGUUACUGACACAUCAGAAGUCUCCAAAGCGUAUGGUGGUGGGGGUUCGCCAAGAUCAAGCUCUUUUAUGAUCAGGAUGGACGAGUACAAUGCGUGGCGUUUGGUGAAUUCAUCCUGACAAACUUCGGUAUCACUUUGCCAACUGUGCGCAGAUCUGGUGACGUAUUUGUCCAACAGUGAGGCAGCUCUCCUUCGGUGGCAUCUCCAUCUCCCUCCCUCUCCCUCUGAUGGUGUGAGUUUCUUCCUUGCAGCAGUGCUCCAAGAACAACAGUAAUGUGAGCACCGUUAUAGAGGACAGCGGUGACAGAUGUUCGUUUUGCAUCGAUGUAUGGUCAUUUAUACAUUGUUUAUAAUGUUGGGGUCAAUUUUAUGAAAAUGUACGAUGAAAAUAUCAAUAAUAGAAUGUUGAUGUUAGAUGAAUAUUUUCUAAGAAAAUUAUACAAACAAAAAUUUCGAAUA